AUGGCGGUCCACGAUGACUGCAAGCUCAAGUUUCUGGAACUGAAGGCGAAGAGGACAUACCGUUUCAUUGUUUACAAGAUUGAGGAGCAGCAGAAGCAAGUGGUUGUUGAGAAACUCGGCGAGCCUGGUCAAUCACAUGAUGACUUUGCAGCAAGUCUUCCUGUUGAUGAAUGUCGAUACGCCAUUUUCGAUUUUGAUUUCGUCACUGCUGAGAAUUGCCAGAAGAGCAAGAUCUUCUUCAUUGCAUGGUCUCCGGACACAGCAAGAGUGAGAAGCAAGAUGAUUUACGCGAGCUCUAAGGACAGGUUCAAGAGAGAGCUAGAUGGGAUUCAAGUAGAGCUUCAAGCAACUGAUCCAACUGAGAUGGAUCUUGAUGUUUUCAAAAGCCGAGUCAAUUGAGGAACGGUUGGAUCGAACUUCUUUCAUCUACUAAUACCGUGUGGUAUGCUUUUUUACUUAACGUUUUGCUGUGACGGCACCAACCCAAAACAUCUUCAUUUUUUAUCAGUCUUUGGUGUCUGUCUUUAUUUUGGUCCUUACAGUUACAGUGUUGUCUUAAAACUUAAGAGAUCUGACUUGUGCUAUUUUACCAUUGUGUAAGAAACCCAAAUCCCUCGUCAAAGAUGAACUCAUCCUAUUAGCACAUGACAAAUAAACUCA